CACCUCUUCACAGCAAGAAGCAAUGUCACUGGAAAUAGAAUCGUCAGAUGUUAUACGACUGAUCGAACAGUUUCUAAAGGAAAACAACCUUUCACGAACACUUCAAACUCUGCAGGAGGAGAGCUCUAUAUCUCUUAAUACGGUUGAGAAUGUCGACGCGUUCAAGAAGGAUAUAAUAGACGGAAACUGGGACUCAGUCCUCACGACUGUUCUCAAUGCAAGUGUUCCAGCCAAGCAACUUGGUGAUCUCUAUGAGCAGAUCAUCGUUGAGUUGAUUGAAAUGCGCGAGUUAGGUGCAGCUAGAUCACUGCUACGACAGACAGAACCUAUGCAAUUGUUGAAGGCUCGAGCGCCCGAGCGAUUUUUGCGCCUGGAGCACUUGGUAUCGAGGACAUAUUUCGACAUCAAGGAAGCUUAUCCUGAUGGAACUACGAAGGAGAAACGACGUCAGGCAAUAGCGAAAGCCUUGGCGUCUGAGGUAUCCACCGUAGCACCUGCAAGGCUUCUUACUUUGCUAGGUCAAUCAUUGAAGUGGCAACAGCAACAAGGCUUGGUACAGCCAGAUACAGCUUUCGAUUUAUUCCGAGGUACGACACAAGUAGUAAAAGCCGAAGACGACGCAGUGCCCACAAAGCAAUACUCUCUUAUCAAGUUUCCAGGCAAAAAGACAUACGCGGAAUCUGCCGUGUUUUCUCAAGAUGGGCAGCUACUUGCUACUGGCUCAGUUGAUGGAUUUAUUGAGAUUUGGAAUUAUCUUACUGGAAAACUUCGUAAGGAUUUGCGGUACCAGGCGGAAGAAAACCUUAUUGCUAUGGAUAACUCUGUCAUCAGUUUAGCAUUCAGUAAGGACAGUGAGCUUCUUGCAUCGGGAUCAACUGAUGGCGUCAUAGCGGUGUGGAAAGUCGCAACUGGUCAUUGUCAACGAAGAUUCUCACCUGCGCAUAGCCAAGGUGUCACAUCUAUUGCCUUUAACAAGGACGGAACACAAGUGUUAAGUUCCAGCUUCGACCAUAGUAUCAAAAUUCAUGGCCUUAAAUCUGGCAAGAUACUAAAAGAGUUCAGAGGCCACACAUCAUUUGUAAAUAAUAUCACCUUUUCCGCGGAUAUGGCGCGUGUCAUUAGCGCUAGCAGUGACGGUACAGUAAAGGUUUGGGAUACGAAAUCAACAUCAUGCAUAGCGACCAUUUCUCCUCAGACGCAAGUUGAUGUUCCCAAAGGCGCACUAAACCCUAUCGGAGGAGCUAGUGGACAGACUGUCAACAAUGUUAUUGUCAUUCCGAAUAAUCCAGAUCAAAUCCUUGUUUGUAGCAAGACCAACAUGCUAUACCUGCUCAAUAUCCGCGGUCAAAUGCUAAAAUCAUUCACACAUGACAAGAAGAGCGGAGCAGAUUUCAUUUCCGCAGCUAUCUCACCUCAUGGAGACUUUGUGUACGCGGUAGCAGAGGACUCUGUUAUGUAUGCUUUCAACAUUUCAAAUGGAGCUUUGGUCAAUGAACUCAAGCUCACCGAAGCAGAGAUUAUCGGCAUCGCCUCCCACCCAUACUCCAACAUACUGGCCGUUUAUGAUGAGAAGGGUCAAGUCAUGUUAUGUAAAGCAUAAGGAAGAUUUGAUUAAUACGCAUGGUGUUAGAUUAUGUACUGGUAUCCGAAAUGGAUGACUUCUGAAAAAUUAAACAUAUUAGACAUAAAGUUUUAAUUUCAUAUUAAUAGGUGGA